UUUAUAUACAAUACAACAUCAUUAGUAGGUAAUUUACACUUGCGCUCACAAGGAACCUAAAAAAUGAGUCAAGGAAUUGUUUUAUCAAACCAGAGCAGCUUCAAGUACUGCUCAAUGCCCUUCACUACCCAUAUCUCAAAACCAAUAUUUUCCAUCAAAACUAAUUCUAAAUCAAUCAGAACCGCUCCGAUUAAGGCCACAGCCACUAUGGCUGCCGAUACCGCCGUCUAUGUAAACACACAAAGCUUUUACGAAUUGUUAGGGAUAUCAGAGAGUGGAACAAUUUCAGAAAUCAAAAAAGCUUAUAAGCAACUUGCAAGAAAGUACCAUCCUGACGUCUCACCGCCAGAUCAUACAGAGGAGUAUACGAAGAUGUUUAUUGAAGUGCAGGAAGCUUAUGAGACUUUGUCUGACCCUAAAAGAAGAGCUAUUUAUGACAGAGAUAUGAGCAGAGGCUUGCAUAUGGCUCUCUUUGCUGGAAAGCAAUCCCGCUAUGCCAAGCAGGAAAGAGAAGAAAGAAGUGAGUGGAGGGAGCAAUGGACGUCUCAGCUAACAGAGUUAGAGAGGGAAAGGGGUAGUGAAGACGAAGAUUUAACAGAGAUGAACAUGUCUUGGGGAGCUAGGAUGCGUAGGCAAAGAAGUGGGAAAUUGUAACAAGACACUGGCGGCGAACGGCGGUUGUCACACCGCAGUUUGGAAGAGUAAAAUAAGCAAAGUUCAUCGGAUCUGUGGAAUCCACGGUGGAUUCAAUUACAGUUGAGUCAUUUUCUUAGAUGCCAGAUGUAAAGUAGAGAAGGAUGGAUCAUCUGCUUUUGUCUUAUUUUUCAUUAAAGUCAAAGGCUAGUUUUAUCUUUUAUGUAUAGGCCUAGGUUAGUCUUACUUCUAUUAUUAUAUAAAUAAAAAGGAAAGAAAAUUGCACAAACUA